UCCCACUCACUCACUCACUCACUCACACACACACACAAACCCUUAUCUCCCUUCAUAUUCUAUCAAAACACCAAAAUUAGAAGCUGAAAAAGAAGAAGAAAAAAAAUCAAGAUAACUCAAAGCCCUCUCCUCUCUCGGAAACCUAAGCAUCUCCAAUUUUUCUUUUUCAAAUGGAAAUUUCUUCAAGGACUUGCUUUCCUUUCCUAUCCACCGAAACGGUGCCGCUUCUCAAGCCUCCAUUUCAUACGUCCUCUCCUCCUCUCAGGAUUCUGGCUGCGCGUCCUGUUAACCUGCGCAUGGGGCGUACUGUUGUUACCUGCGCUACGGCGUCGACUGGAAACCGCGCUCCCAGCGGCAUAAUGAAGCCGAGGCGAGUCUCACCUGAAAUGGCAGACUUUGUUGGUGCUCCUGAGGUCUCUCGCACCCAGGUUCUCAAGCUUAUCUGGGCCCAUAUAAAGGAGCGCAAUCUUCAGGGCAUCUCUCAUGUUAGGGACGGAUUUUAUUGCAUGAAUUUGGGUUGAGACAUGAUUUUGUAGAUAGCGUCAAGUUUGAGAAAUGACUCCGAAUAAUUUCAAGUCUAUAGUACAUGAAUGUGGGAUGUAGUACUUUGUUGAUUCAGCCACACGCAGCAUGUUAUGUAUGUGGCUGAAUUAGAAGUCACUAGAUUUUACUAAUGUCAAAAUGCCAGGCAGUGGUGAUAAAAUCAUGAUGCCAGCACGGGGAAUGGUUGUUGGCAUGUUAUUUCCAAGCAGCUAUUGCCCUUCACUAUAAUGGUUAACUUCCGGAUGAAUAAUUUGGUUGAAAGAAAAACA